CAAGUUGGGAAGUCGCCAAACCACAAAUCUCACUUAUUUUGGGGCACAAAAUGGAGAUAGAUCAAAGUAAAAAUGAAGAAUCAUCACAAGAAAAAUGGGUUUACGAUUCUUGUGUUGAUCAUAAAGGAAGAAUUCCUGUCCGAGCUUCCACCGGCGCAUGGAAAGCUUCUGUUUUCAUUAUAGUGAUUGAGUUCAGUGAGAGGCUAAGCUACUUCGGUUUGGCAACAAGCUUGAUCAUAUAUCUAACAAAGGUGCUCCACUACGACAUCAAAACUGCUGCUAAAAGCGUCAACUAUUGGUCCGGCGUCACUACGCUCAUGCCCCUUUUUGGUGGCUUUCUCGCCGAUUCCUACCUCGGCAGAUUCUCCACUGUUCUACUUUCCUCCCUCGUCUAUCUCCUGGGGUUGAUUGUCUUAACAAUGUCGCGAGUGGUCCCGGCGUUGCGGCCCUGCCAGGCCUCAGCUCCGUGCAGCGAGCCAAGGAGGAUCCAUGAGGUGUUCUUCUUCCUGGCGAUCUACUGCAUCUCAGUGGGCACGGGCGGCCACAAGCCCUCUCUCGAGAGCUUCGGGGCCGACCAAUUCGACGAGGAUCACCCGGUGGAGCGCCUCCACAAGAUGUCCUUCUUCAACUGGUGGAACUCCGGCCUCUGCUGCGGCCUUCUCCUCGGCGUUACCGUCGUGGUCUACGUCCAGGACCACGUUAGCUGGGCCGCGGCCGACCUCAUCCUCACCGCCGUCAUGGCCUUGUCUAUUUUGAUAUUCUGCUUGGGACGGCCCCUGUACCGGUUCAGGGAGCCGGCCGGGAGCCCCCUGACGCCGCUGUGCCGCGUGGCCGUCGCGGCGUUCAGGAAGCGCCGCCUGGCUGGUCCGCCGCGGGCGGACCAGCUCUACGAGGUCGCGAAAUCGGACAAGGGGCGGCUGCUGUUCCACACAGAUAAGCUCAAGUUCCUCGACAAGGCCGCCAUCGUGGAGGCAGAGAAACAGAGCCCGUGGCGGAUAGCGACGGUGACGGAGGUGGAGGAGAUGAAAUUGAUGAUCAACAUGAUCCCCAUCUGGAUCACCACUCUCCCCUUCGGAAUCUGCGUGGCGCAGAGCUCCACCUUCUUCAUUAAACAGAGCACCACGCUGGAUCGCGCCGUCGCCGGCGGCAAAUUCACCAUCCCGCCGGCGUCCACGUACGCGCUGGCCGCGAUCGGGAUGAUCGCGGCUGUGAUCAUAUACGACAAAAUCCUGGUCCCGUUUUUCCGGAGGGUGACAGGGAACGAGAGGGGGAUCAACAUUCUACCGAGGAUCGGGAUCGGGAUGUGCUUCACAGCCUUGUCGAUGGUGGUGGCGGCGGUGGUGGAGAGGAAGAGGCUCAAAUCGGAUUAUAAUUCGAUGAGCGUGUUCUGGCUGGCGCCGCAAUUUCUGAUAAUCGGAGUUGGGGAUGGAUUUGCCCUGGUGGGAUUGCAGGAGUAUUUUUACGAUCAAGUGCCGGAUUCGAUGAGGAGUUUGGGGAUUGCGUUGUAUUUAAGUGUGAUCGGGGCAGCCAAUUUUUUGAGCAGCCUAUUGAUAACUGUGGUUGAUCAUGUGACGGAGAAGAGCGGGAAGAGCUGGUUUGGGAAGGAUUUGAAUAGUAGCCGUUUGGAUUACUUCUACUUGUUGCUGGCCGGGAUUACGACGGCCAACCUCGCCGUCUAUGCAUUUGUUGUCAGUCGCUAUUCUUACAAGAAUGUGAGGAAGACCACGGUUGCUGUCUACGACGCCGACGCUAGGAAUAUGGCUUAGCUGAUUGGAUUGUAAUGUAUUAAUGUAUCUCUGAUAUUCUAGUAUACGUCGUUUUGUAUUUUCUCAUCUGAAUGUAAGUUUUGUUUUUAAUGAUCCGUUUUUUGUGGGAA